CAUUUUUUAAUUUCUUCUCCUUUUUUCUAAAGAUUUUCUCUCUCUCCAUAUCAAAACCUCCUCUCAUAUUUCUCCAUUCUCUUUCACCAUUUAUUCUCUUCUUUGUUCUCAACUUUCUUCUUUAAUGGCGGAAAUCAACCGGAAUUGUGAGCUUUGUAAUCAACAAGCUUCUCUUUUUUGUCCUUCUGAUAAUGCUUUUCUUUGUCAUGCUUGUGAUUCUAAAGUUCACCGUGCUAAUUUUCUUGUUGCUCGUCAUGUUCGUUUUGUUACUUGCCCUAAUUGUCGUAAAAUGGACGGUGGUUCUAUUACCGGCGUUGGAUUUACUGCUCCGAUGAAUUAUUUCUGCGAUAAUUGCUCGCCUUCUGAUGAUGAUUCUAUGUCGUCUUGUUCUUCGUGCGUUUCGAGUACAGGUGAAGGUGCUGGUGAUGAAGCUCAAACAACGUCGUCGUCGACGAAGAAUAAGAAAUCUGGAUAUGUUGUACGGAGGAGAGUGAAGGGAAUGGUAGUGACGGAUUUGAAGUUGGAAGGUAUUUUGUUAAAUUGGUGUAGUAAAAUGGAGAUCGCGGAGGAAGCGAAGUUUGGACAAGUCGUGACUAUGGCGGUCGAGUUAUUGACCGGUUGUUUAGAUAAAAUUACGAUAUUACCCUUUAGGGUUUCUCUGGCGGCGGCGUUUUGGAUUGCGAUCAAGGUUUGUAAUCGGCGAAACGGAGCCUUUUAUUCGUCCACGUGUCAAGAUCUGAAGAGAGUGGAGCAAAUCUCAGGUGUGCCGGUUAAGCUGAUCUUGGCUGCGGAGGCUAAAAUAGUGCGCGUUGUUAAACGUAGACGAUCAAGUGAUAAUCACGAGGAAGGUUGGGCUGAAUCCUAAAUUUCUAUUUGUAGAUUCAUAACUAAUCAACAUGAAAUGAAAAAAAUGUUAUUCAAUCCAACUUGAAAAAUGAGUAGUAGAAUUGGGGGUUGUAAUUUCUAUGUUGUUUAUCAACAAGAUCUAGAAAUUGGAAUGGGAGAUUUUAGCCUUUUAGGUAAAAAAUGCUUUAAAUUCUUUAUUGGAUGUCUUUUGAAGUAUAGUUUGAGAAACUAAAUAGAGAACAAUGGCUACUUUAGAUUCAAUAUAUUAUACUAUUAUGGGUGACUAAAAUGUAUAUUUGAAUGUACUCAUGUACAUUAUCUAGUUAUUUCAAAACUAAAUUAUUUAGCAUAAUAUAUGUUAUAUAAUUCGUAUUUAA